AUGUCCAGCCCACAAAGGUUUCCCAAAAAUAUGAAGGAGGCAGGUGGAAAGGUUCCGAGGGAGCUGAAUAGAACAUCAAAAUUCGUAGCAACAGAACAGCAGCUGAACUAUCCUACGUACGAAUCCGAUGAUGUAUUAUUUGUCCAAGUGACUCCGACAGAUAGACUUUGGGAGAAGAUACAUCAGUCCGACGGAAUUGAACAUCACCCCGGGAAAAUCAUCCAUAAUGAAAUGGAAACCGGGACUCAACAAACGUCCGAUGACAAGAAAUAUGAGUUGGGCCAGCACCACGCAGACACAUCUACCACUGUGCCAGACAAUGGCAAUGACAUGGCAAGAAAUAAAAAUAACAGCUUCGAGCAACUAUUUACCAUCAACACCCCGACACAGUGGAACAUGAACCCAAAAGGUCCCCAUAAUCUUCUCCGAAACCUUCAUGGUGAAGAACAAAUGUACUCCGGUGAUCAAUUGGAGGUACAUAAUAGCAAUGUUAGGUUUACAGACACUAGAGAAGAUAAAGUGACAUCGAACAAAUAUUCUUACGAUGCCAACCAUCGCACAGGUCAGAGCGAAGGAAGAAUGCAAACUGUUGAGAUAUCCAGCCAACAAAUUCGUCGCAGUUCUGACCUAUCAUUUCCCCUUGGUCCAUUAGCCGAGGAAGACCUCGGCGAAUUUUUGAUGAUGACCCAAGAGGAAUAUGAAAAUAUCAAUAGGCUCAUCGAUGAAUCAUUCGACGAAUUGAGCAAAUCAGUACUUGAAUUCACUAAGGCAGAUCAAGCCUUGCUAGCUGCCAUAGAGACAGAAAAUUCGGAAUCAAGCCUUACGAAAUAUUCACACCAAGCAAGUUUGAGCGGGGAUUCCCUUCAGGCCACUUUAGUUCCAACUGCUCAAGAUCCCCAAAUUCAGAACAUCGAUUAUUUGCAGGAAACUGAUACCAUAUACUACCCAUUACAACAUGGUGCGGGGUGUCCAGGUCUUCCGGAGAAUCAGCCAGUUCCUAGUCACCAUUCACCAGAAAAGAGUGCAACAAUGUCAUAUCCACUUGAAGCAAUGGUGGGAUCGACUACGAUGAAAGAUGGAACAGCGAAUUAUCAUCCAACUUACUACCAGGAAGGCUCCUUGUCUCCAAUGUGCGCUGAUCAACCAUCGCCCAUGAAUCAUAACGGUCAAAUCACUGGCCAUUACCAGCCAUCGGCACCAUUAUCAAGCCCUGCAACCCACCGGUCAAUACCUGACUUGGACUUCCAGAUCCUAUCAGCUUCCCCGAACGUAGCUGAGGCGGCUCAAAAUACAUUUGAGCAUGGCCCAUUAUACAACAAAUCAGAAAACGGUGGAUAUAAUGGAGCCGUACCCUUUCAGGCCAAUGACAUUUGGGCAUACCCUACACCACCAUACGAUAGCUAUACCCCUGCUGAAUCGCCACGUCCCGACCCCGCGAUGACACAUUACGCUGAGAAUAACUUCGGAGCUGGCGGAGAAUUGCAACAGACGUACUAUCAUCCGACGAAUGCAGAAAAGAGUGUUCUCCACGGUACCAAAAAUGGGGUGCCGAGCAAAAAUUGUGAGAGGGACCAAAAUGGUAAAAGCGUUCCGAGGUCCAAGAAACGACCCGAUUGGGCAACGCGGCCUGACGCAGCUAGACCUAGGGUGUCCAUGACGGAGGAGGAAUAUCAAUGGCUACGACCGGGAAAACCAGCACGGGACAUCUUCGCAAAUUCCAGGAGAAAGGCCGAUGACAAGAGAAUGAGAGAAGAGGCCAUGGCAGAUGCUAUGGAGAGGGCAGGCAAACCUAGGCCAAAACCAAAAAUGCCGAUGCCGAUCAAGGGAGGUGUGCACAUCGAAGAGUGGGAGAAAGAGAGACUCAACGAAUACCGCAAGAGCCGAGGUAUGUCGGGUCGGUCGCUAUUCAUGGCGAAACCUCAGACUCACGGAAAGCGAAAGGCACGUGAAGUAGCAGAGCCAGAUCCACAGCAGGAACCAAAAAAACAGAGGCUCUCAGAGAAUAGAGAUCAUGGUUUUAGCAAGAUGAACGGCGUAAACGAAGACAUGUCUGGCGGCGAAUCGAGAAAUGAAAGACGUGCCCCGCUCUCAACGCAUGCAUGGCCAGUGCAAAACAGGAUGGAUCCUCAGCUUCAACCUCCCCGACAACCACAAAUGUUUGAACCAACUGUUAGCCCCUGGAACGGACUUGAUCCUGCGCAUUCAUUGGUGGGAAAUGGUGUUAGUGGAACCGUCUCAUGGUUACCCGACUCCACAGACCCCUCAAGCCGAGGCCAAGAAAUUCUGCAAGAUUUCAACAACUUGAUUGAUCCGAGACUACUAUCCCAGGCUCAAUUCCCGCACCUAGAGGAAUAG